CCGGGAAAGCGGGAGGCCCGGCGGGAGCGCGCGGGUACUUUCCCGUGAAGCAUUGGCGGGGUGGGACGUGUGUCGUGAAAGUGCUACAGGCUUGAAGAAGUUAAAUAUCACACAUAAGUGAGAAGGAAACGGCGCCGCAAUGGCUGGGGCGGAGUCAACCGGCUGUGGUGACGGCGGCGCCGGCCGGAAGCACAUCCCUGUCGUAGUCGUCUCGCUGCUGCUGGACCUGCUCUCAUUCACCAUGAUCCUGCCUCUGCUGCCGGCGCUGCUCGACUACUACGAACAGCACGACACGAGUGGCACCUACCCGCUGGUGGUGGGGCGCGUGCGCGCCUUCCAGGCGGCCAUCGGCGCGCCCGACCGCUUCACGCCCGUACUGCUGGGCGGCGCGCUCGGCUCGCUCUUCUCCCUGCUGCAGUUCCUGACGGCGCCGGUCACCGGUCGGCUCUCGGACGUGUACGGCCGGCGGCCCGUGCUGCUGCUCUGCCUCGCCGGCAUCGCCGGCUCCUACGUGCUCUGGUACCGCGCCGCCAGCUUCCCCGUGUUCGUGGCGGCGCGCGUGGCGGGCGGCCUCAGCAAGGGCAACGUCAACCUGUCGUCGGCGAUCGUGACGGACGUGACGGAGCGUGAGACGCGCGGCCGCGGCAUGGCCUGGCUAGGCGUCGCCUUCUCGCUGGGCUUCAUCAUCGGCCCCAUGAUGGGCGCCGUGUUCGCCGCCACGUUCGGCCGCGGCGGCGGCGCUGAGCUCUACCAGGCGCCUGCGCUGCUCGCCAUCGUGCUCUCGUCCGCCAACGUGCUGUUCGUGUACGCGGCGCUGCCGGAGAGCCUGCCGGCCGCGCGGCGCAGCCAGCGCGCCGGCGCGCGCGACUCUCUGCUCGACUACAUCAACCCGGCCGCCCUGCUGCGUUUCCAACUGGUGCGCUGCGCCGACGCGGCGCAGCAGGCGGCACUGCGCCGCAUCGGCCUCGUAUACUUUCUCUACCUCUUCAUCUUUUCCGGCGUCGAGUUCACGCUCAGCUUCCACUGUCACACGCGUUUCCAUUACACAUCCAUGCAGCAGGGCUACAUGUUCCUCUACAUGGGCGUGGUGAUGGCGCUGGUGCAGGGCGGCUACGUGCGUCGCAUCUCCGAGGCGCGUAUGGAGCGCACAGCCGUGGUCGGCGUGGCGCUCCUGCUGCCCUCGUUCCUGGCCGUCGCCUUCUCAUACUCGCAGGCCGGCCUGUAUGUGGGCUUCACGCUGUACGCGCUCUCCACGGCCGUCUGCGUGCCCUGCAUGUCGACAGUGGCGGCGCGCUACGGCGGCCAGCACCAGAAGGGCGCCGUCACGGGCGUGUUCCGCUCGCUCGGCGCCCUGGCGCGCGCGCUCGGACCCGUGCUCUUCAGCACGGUCUUCUGGCUGACGGGCGCCACCGUCUGCUACGUCGCGGCCGCCGUCGCCAUGCUGGUGCCGCUCAUCAUGCUGGCCCGCUUCCAGCCGCCCAAGACGGAGAGCCAGAUGUCCUGAGCGCAGGAGUCUGGUGAGGUAGGGGACGCGGAGGAGUCCACUGGAGACGCUAGAUAGGGUUUGCCGCAUCGAACCGCAGCCCAGCCCGAUCCCGUCCGUCUGGCUAGACCUGGACCGCGGAAUUUUGUCCGAAACAGAGCUGUUUCGAUUGCUUGGGGCUCGCUGUCCAGGGUGGUCACACCUGCUGGGGUAGCACGGUAAACGGCGCGCUUGUGUCAUUCCGUGAAAAUGGCAUGUGGUUGGAGCGACGGCAUGCUACAUCAUAUGGUAGCCCCUGAGAAGGUAUUGGGUUCCGGGUUAACGCUUCGCUGUUUGUCCUUUCUAAUCAAGCAAAUUGUCAGCAGGCGCCCCUGCUAUGGGUACUUUAAUACGUCGUGAAGCUUUUGGUAUGAAAUGACGUGUUACCCGAUGCACAUCAAUAAUCCGCAUUCCGUACUCAAGUGAUAUUGCAUGCUGCUCUGUGUAGGUUAGACGAUUCCACUGAACCCGUAUUUUUCUGAUGUUACCUUUCCAACUGACGGCUUCUAGUGCUAUGUCGUGGGGCGAGAGUUCUCACUCUCAGAGAGGGGGGGG